AUGGAUGCCAGUGAUUACAAUGGAGCACCAAAAAAACCCGAGGGAAAAUACAAAGCAAUGACAAUUUGUUUCAUUCUUGGAAUUGGGUCCCUUGUUUCCUGGAACAGCAUGUUGACGAUAGGGGAUUACUAUUACACAUUGUUCCCCAAAUAUCAUCCUGCAAGGGUACUUACGUUGGUCUAUCAACCAUUUGCAAUUGGAACAAUGAUAAUACUGGCAUACUAUGAGUCGAAGAUCAAUACUAGAAAGAGGAAUUUGGCUGGAUUCAUUCUUUUCUUUUUUAGCACUUUCUUUGUUCUUGUUGUAGAUCUAGCAACAUCAGGGAAAGGUGGAAUUGGACCCUAUAUUGGUAUAUGUGUGCUAGCUGCUUGUUUUGGAAUAGCAGAUGCACAGGUGGAAGGUGGCAUGGUAGGAGAUCUGUGUUUAAUGUGCCCUGAGUUUAUCCAGUCCUACCUUGCUGGUUUGGCAGCAUCAGGGGCUCUGAUUUCUAUUUUGAGAAUGCUGACCAAGGCAGCUUUCGAGAAAUCGAAUAAUGGACUUCGCAAGGGAGCAAUAUUAUUCUUGGGAAUCUCCUCAUUCAUUGAGUUAGUUUGUAUCUUCCUGUAUGCAAUCUACUUCACCAAAUUGCCCAUAGUGAAAUAUUACCGUUCAAAAGCAGCGUCGGAGGGGUCGAAAACUGUUGCAGCUGACCUUGCUGCUGCUGGAAUCAGUACAAAACCUAAAGAUCAAGUUGGAUAUGAUGACAAUCAAGAGCGGUUGAGCAACAAACAAUUAUUUCACGAGAACCUUGAUUAUGCAGUUGAUUUAUUUUUUAUAUAUGUGGUAACACUGUCAAUCUUCCCUGGAUUUUUGUAUGAAAAUACUGGAGCACAUCAGUUAGGCACAUGGUACUCAGUUGUUUUGAUAGCUAUGUAUAAUGUAGUGGAUCUCAUAUCAAGAUAUAUACCCCUUGUGCCAUGGCUGAAGUUAGAAUCCAGAAAGGCUCUACUAAUAGCAGUCUUUUCUCGAUUCUUGCUGAUCCCAGCAUUCUACUUUACAGCAAAAUAUGGUGACCAAGGAUGGAUGAUCUUUCUCACCUCAUUUCUGGGACUCACCAAUGGCUAUCUCACUGUGUGUGUUCUUACUGUGGCACCAAGAGGUUACAAGGGUCCUGAGCAGAAUGGUUUGGGUAAUUUGCUUGUCCUGUGUCUAUUGAGCGGCAUAUGUGCUGGGGCUCUUCUUGACUGGUUAUGGAUAAUUGGUAAAGGAACAUUCUGA